AGAAUCUAGCUAGUUCAAACUUUGACCUGCGGAGGGCAGUAACUCGCUUAGCAGCGUCUACUCUGCCGGUACCCUAGAAGAAGAAGAAGAAGUACACGAAAAACAAGGGGAACCAGCGGUUGGGUUACAUUCAGGUUACAAAACCAAAGCUGAGCUUCAAAGACACUUGAAACAGUCGGGUCUUGGGUUAUAAUUGCGUCGCGGCGAAUGGGGUUUGACAAGUUCUGUAGUCUGGACAGUUCCGACCCAUUUUGGGAUUGGAACCGUACAUGGUACGCUGCUAACCCCGACCUCACCCAGUGCUUCCAGAACACUGUUCUGGUGUGGCUGCCAUGCCUCUACCUCUGGAUGUGUGCUCCCAUCUACCUCAUCUACCUCCGCAGCCACGACCAUGGCUACAUAUGUAUGACUCACCUCAACAAAGCUAAAACUGCUGUUGGCCUUCUGCUGUGGAUGAUCUGCUGGUCAGAUGUUUUCUAUUCUUUCUGGGAAAGAAGUUAUGGCAGCAGUGUCCCCGCACUCGUCCACCACGUCAGUCCUACCUUACUGGGCCUUACCAUGUUGCUGGCCACCCUGGUAAUCCAGUAUGAACGGAUGAAAGGGGUUCAGUCAUCCGGAGUCAUGCUGAUCUACUGGCUGCUGGCACUGCUGUGUGCCACAGUCACCUUCAGGUCCAAGAUCUACCAGGCCCUGGACCAGCCAUUGACAGUAAAUGUGUGGAGGUACACCACCUUCUACAUCUUCUAUGCUCUGCUGCUGGUUUCACUGUUCCUGUCCUGCCUGACGGACCAGCCCCCCCUCUUCUCCCAGGCCAUCAAAGACUCGAAUCCCUGCCCUGAGCCUGGAGCAUCUUUCCUCUCUAGAAUAACCUUCUGGUGGAUCACCAAGAUGAUGGUGACAGGCUACAAACGCCCACUGGAGGACAAGGACCUGUGGUCUUUGAACCUGGAGGACCGCUCCCAGAGAGUGGUUCCUCAGCUGGUGCGCCGCUGGAACACAGAGUGCCAAAAGAUCAAGAGGACAGAGCAGAAAACGGUGUACUCCCCCAAGCGGGUCACGCACACUGAGGGCAAAGAGGGCCAAGCUGUUGAAGAGUCUGAAAUCUUGAUUGUAAAAAAAUCCCCAAAAACCAAGGAGCCUUCGCUGUUCUGGGCACUGUGCCUAACCUUUGGGCCCUACUUCCUCAUCUCCUGCCUCUAUAAGAUCAUCCAGGACGUCCUCAUGUUCGUUGGGCCUGAGAUCCUCCGGCUGCUGAUCUGCUUCGUCAAUGACUCCAGCGCCCCCUCCUGGCAGGGCUACUUCUACACCGCUCUACUCUUCAUAUGUACCUGUGUGCAGUCGCUCAUCCUCCAGAAGUACUUCCACGUGUGCUUUGUCUCAGGGAUGCGUCUGCGCACUGCCAUCAUCGGAGCGGUCUACAGGAAGGCCUUGGUUAUAAGCAGCGCAGCGCGCCGCACCUCCACAGUGGGAGAGAUUGUCAACCUGAUGUCAGUGGACGCCCAGCGCUUCAUGGACCUCAUCACCUACAUCAACAUGAUCUGGUCGGCCCCUCUGCAGGUGGUGCUGGCCCUCUACUUCCUCUGGCAGAACCUGGGUCCGUCCGUGUUGGCUGGAGUGGCAGUGAUGGUUCUGAUGGUUCCUGUUAAUGCUGUCAUCGCCAUGAAAACCAAAACUUACCAGGUGGCUCAGAUGAAGAGCAAAGACAACCGCAUCAAGCUGAUGAAUGAGAUGCUGAAUGGCAUCAAGGUGCUGAAGCUGUACGCCUGGGAGCUGGCCUUCAAGGACAAGGUGUCGGAAAUCCGUGAGAGUGAGCUGCGGGUCCUGAAGAAGGCCGCCUACCUGGGGGCAGUGUCCACCUUCACCUGGAUCUGUGCACCGUUCCUGGUUGCCCUGUCCACGUUCUCAGUGUUCGUGCUGAUCGACGAGCGUAACGUGCUGGAUGCCCAGAAGGCCUUUGUGUCACUGGCACUCUUCAACAUCCUACGCUUUCCUCUCAACAUGCUGCCAAUGGUCAUCAGUAGCAUGGUGCAGGCCAGUGUUUCCUUAAAGAGGCUCAGAGUGUUUCUUUCCCACGAGGAGCUGCAGGAAGACAGUGUCGAGCACAAAGCACUAGCAGGCUCCACACACAGUAUCUCCAUAGUGGAUGGAGUUUUCAGCUGGUCCAGAGCUGAACCCCCAGCACUCAGCGGGCUGAAUGUGUGCAUCCCAGAAGGCUCUCUGGUGGCCGUGGUGGGACACGUGGGCUCGGGAAAGUCCUCGCUGCUCUCCGCCCUGCUCGGAGAGAUGGACAAACUGGAAGGAAGCGUGGCUAUCAAGGGUUCGGUGGCCUACGUUUCCCAGCAGGCCUGGAUCCAGAACUCCACCCUGAAAGACAACAUCAUGUUUGGUCAGGAGAGGAAGGAGGCCUGGUACCAGCGUGUGGUGGAGGCCUGUGCCCUGAAGCCGGACCUGGAGAUCCUUCCUGCUGGAGACGAGACGGAGAUCGGAGAGAAGGGAGUGAAUCUGUCUGGCGGUCAGAAGCAGAGGGUGAGCCUGGCCAGGGCGGUCUAUUGUGACCGCGCUGUAUACCUGCUGGAUGACCCGCUGUCUGCCGUUGACGCUCAUGUAGGAAAACAUAUCUUUGAUAAAGUCAUCGGCCCUCAGGGCUUGCUGAAGGAAAAGACUCGUGUGCUGGUGACCCAUGGGCUGAGCUACCUGCCCCAGGCCGACCUGAUCCUGGUCCUGGUGGAGGGCCAGAUCACAGAGAUGGGCUCCUACCAGGAUCUCAUGGCCACCCAGAGAGCCUUCGCCGAGUUUAUGCAGACAUACGCUGCGGUCGAGCACGCUGAUGACAACGAACCUGUGCCAAAGAGUGGAACCAAAGGAAUAGAGAACGGCAGUGCAACUGUUGUUGGCAGUCCGGGUGUCAGCAGUGUGUCCAAACCGUCCCAGACGGCUGAGGACAACAAGGUGCUGAGCAAGAAAGCCAAGGACCCCGAGGUGGGCAAGCUGACGGAGGCUGAUAAGGCCAGCACUGGACAGGUCAAGCUGUCUGUGUUCUGGGCGUAUCUGAAAGCCAUCGGAGCGCUUCUGUCCUGCAUCAGUCUGCUGCUGUUCCUCGCCCAUCACCUGGCCUCGCUCUUCUCCAACUACUGGCUGAGCCUGUGGACCGACGACCCCGUGGUCAACGGCACUCAGCCCGACAGAAUGAUGAGACUCGGGGUGUACGGAGCUCUCGGCCUGUCCCAGGGUGUGGCAGUCUUUGGCUACUCCCUUUCCACGUCCAUUGGGGGCAUCCUGGCGUCCCGCUGCCUCCACCAGUCCAUGCUGUAUGACGUCCUCCGCUCACCCAUGUCCUUUUUUGAGCGAACCCCCAGCGGUAACCUGGUCAACCGCUUUGCCAAGGAGAUGGACACCAUUGACUCCGUGAUCCCCAGCAUUAUUAAGAUGCUCAUGGGCUCGAUGUUAAACGUGUUGGGUUCUUGUGUUAUCAUCCUGAUCGCAACACCGCUCUUAGCUAUCAUCAUUCCUGUUCUCGGCCUGCUUUACUUUUAUGUGCAGAGGUUUUACGUGGCGUCAUCUCGCCAGCUGAAGCGCCUGGAGUCAGUCAGCCGUUCCCCCAUCUACACCCACUUCAAUGAGACACUGCUGGGCACCUCCGUCAUUCGAGCCUUCGGUGAACAGGAGCGCUUCAUCCGAGAGAGUGACCAGCGUGUGGACCACAACCAGAAGGCCUACUACCCCAGCAUAGUAGCCAACAGGUGGCUGGCUGUUCGCCUGGAGCUGGUAGGGAACUGCAUUGUGUCAUUUGCUGCUCUGUUUGCGGUCAUAGCCAGAGAGAACCUGAGUCCCGGCAUCAUGGGGCUGUCCAUCUCCUAUGCCCUUCAGCUGACCACCUCUCUGACCUGGCUGGUGAGGAUGUCGUCUGAUGUGGAAACCAACAUAGUGGCUGUGGAAAGAGUCAAGGAGUACAGUGACACGGAGAAGGAGGCGGAGUGGAAGCACGAGCCCUCCAGCCUCCCCCCGGGGUGGCCCACGGACGGCUGCAUCGACAUCCGAGGCUUGGGCCUGCGCUACCGCGACGAUCUGGAUCUCGCCAUCCACAACAUCACCAUCAAAAUAAACAAAGGAGAGAAGGUGGGGAUUGUGGGGCGCACUGGAGCGGGGAAAUCCUCCCUGAUGCUGGGGCUGUUCCGGAUCAUCGAGGCAGCUGAGGGCCACAUCCUCAUUGAUGGGGUGGACAUUGCUCAGCUGGGCCUCCAUGAACUGCGUUCCAGAAUCACCAUCAUACCACAGGACCCAGUGCUGUUUUCAGGCUCUCUGAGGAUGAACCUGGAUCCUUUUAACAGCUAUUCUGAUGAGGGAAUAUGGAGGGCUCUGGAGUAUUCCCAUCUCAAGAGCUUUGUGUCCGGCCUGCCAAACAAACUCAACCAUGAGUGUAGUGAAGGAGGAGAGAACCUCAGUGUGGGUCAGCGCCAGCUGCUGUGCCUGGCCAGAGCUCUGCUGAGGAAGACCAAGGUCCUGGUUCUAGAUGAGGCCACAGCAGCCGUGGACAUGGAGACAGACAACCUGAUCCAGUCCACCAUCCGCUCUCAGUUUGAGGACUGCACCGUCCUAACGAUAGCUCAUCGUUUGAACACCAUCAUGGACUACACCAGGGUCCUGGUGCUGGACAAGGGAGAGAUGGCAGAGUUUGACUCUCCCUCCAACCUCAUCGCUCAGAGAGGAGCCUUUUACAAGAUGGCCAAGGACGCUGGUCUGGUAUAAGGCAGGCGGGGCCUCCCUCUGUUGGUUCAGCUGCUCCUGUGAGCCCCCCCCCCCCAGCUCCUCUGCUCUCCGACGUGGACGUCCCAGUUUCAGACUGAGACGCAGAUAAAGUAGGGGAAAUGUUAAGAUUUUGAUUGCGUGAUUAUGCGAGCAAGUUUGUUGAUGAGAACGGGUUUGAUUUGAUCCACUCCACCAUACACAGUCCUCAUUUAACCCCCCAUGGAUGGGGGUCCAGAUCAGGUCUAUGUACCCCCUGUUUCUUCCCACUCCUUUCACCUUUUACGGCCAUUACUGCCAUGGACCAGGGGGUGUUGGGUCCUAUCAAAGGACAUAUUGAACAUAGAUUUAAUUUGACACAGAUUAGUACCUGUGCUCGAUCAAGGCGGGGGGGUUUCACUUCUCCACAGACAGCAGUCCGUGCAGUCUGUCUCAGAUACAGUUCACUUCUGGUUGUGGUAACCAGCGCCGAGGUCAUUAGUAGGGC